AUGGAACUCAACCGAGAACAUUUUCGCGCCAUAAUUUAUUACAACUUUCAGAGACAAUUAUCGCAACAAGAAUGCCUUGCUGAGUUACUGUCUGUUUUCGGCAACGAAGCGCCACAUCAGUCGACAUUUUUCCGUUGGUAUGGGGAAUUCAAACGUGGACGGGUGAGUCUUAGCGACGAAUCCAAGGUGGAUACACCAAAAACGGCAGUCACCCAAGAAAACGUCGAUGCUGUGCGCAAACUCAUCAUUGAAGAUAGACAUGUGACAUAUCGCGAGAUUAAGGCGUCCUUGAAGAUCUCAAAGACCUCAAUUCAAAAAAUUUUACAUGAAGAAUUGGGAGUAAAAAAAUUAGUUUCUCGUUGGAUACCCCAUCUGUUGCCUGAAGAGCAGAAAGCAGUCAGGGUUAAUUGGCGUCAAAAAACGCUUGACCCUGUUUGGGUGUUCCAAGGUGAAGAAAAGCCAACAAAACAAAUAACUUUUACUGCGGAUUGGUAUACCACCAUUUGUUUAAUCAUCCUCCACCAAGACAAUGCAAGCUCGCGCACAGCCCAAAAAACAAGGCAAUAUUUAAUGGAAGAAAACGUGGAAUUAUUGGAACAUCCUCCAUAUAGUCCCGAUCUAAGUCCUAACGAUUUCUUUACUUUCCCGAAAAUUAAAAACAGACUGCGUGGUCAAAGGUUCCAGUCACCAGAAGAAGCAGUUGAAGCAUUCAAAAAUGUCGUUUUGCAUCUGCCAGCAAUCGAGUGGAAUAAGUGCUUUGACAAUUGGUUCGAGCGCAUGCAGAUGUGUAUUAAUAUUCGUGGAGAAUACUUCGAAAAACAACAAAUUCAUUUAAAACUACCUACCUGGUGGAGACAACGGUCACUCUGGGAACAGGAAUGGAACAGUAUUGUCUUUAGUGACGAGUCUCGAUUUUGUUUAGGCAUGCACGAUGGUCGUGCCAGGGUUAGAAGGCGACGUGGUGAAAGGAGGAAUCCACAGUUUUUUUUUAUGGUUUGGGGUGCUAUAGCUUAUGGUUCCAGGUCACCUUUAAUCUUCAUCAGAGGUAACAUGAACGCGCAGCGUUAUAUCUACGAAGUUCUAGAACCCCAUCUUUUACCCUAUCUUGACACCCUGGCAGAUCCAACUUUCCAACAAGAUAAUGCCCGACCACAUGUUGCAAGAGUCACAAUAGACUUCUUUCAACAUAAUGAUGUCACAUUGUUACCAUGGCCACCAAGAUCUCCCGACUUAUCCCCAAUUGAGCACGUGUGGGAUAUGAUGGGUAGGAGAUUGCUCAAUUUGCAACGUCCUCCUCAGACUCUAGAAGCACUUCGAGAGGAGUUGGUGGUUGCCUGGAAUGAGAUACCACAGGAGGACAUUGACCACCUGAUCAGAAGCAUGCCUAGGCGCGUUGGAGAAUGCGUAGCACAUCAGGGUGCAUCCACACAUUAUUAA